CUUGCGUGAAGUAUGGGAACAGUUGGAUGAUGAUCGAGAAAAUAAAGUGCCAUAUCCACCGGAUUUCUACCCAGGUGGGAAUUACAUUGAUCUUCCUCGUGGUGAAACUCGGUACUGGCUAUUUGGUCCCGAGACAGGAGAGAAGGUGAGAGUAGUAUUUGUUUUGAACAGCUUUUAUUGGAAUUUAAAUAACAGAAAUAUUUUUCGAACAGGCAUUACCAUCCCCUCAGUUGUUUUCAAAGAAAUUGCGACAUACCUUGCAAAAAAAGAAUUUCGUGUUUUGAUUUAUGACUUAUACGGAAGAGGAUAUAGCACCAAUCCUGGAUGUGAUUGCGACAAAACAUUGUUCGUCGACCAACUUUCAGAUCUUUUAGAUAGAGUUGGUUUUGAUAAAACGAAUGUUGUUGGAUUGUCAAUGGGCGGUGCCAUUUCAGUCUUGUUUACACAAAAAUAUCCGGAAAAAGUGGAGAAAUUAGCGUUGAUUGCCCCCGCUGGGUUAAUGGAAUUCACGGACCUUCCUUUUGUAGGGAGAAUUCUUACUUUUCCUGGUGUCUCACAGUUGUUGUGUUAUCCAAUAAUGAUG